UGAGAUUUAUUUUUGUAUUCCGUUUAUGUUUUAGUCGGAAGAGGAACUAAUCAGAGCUAGGGAUUCGCUGAUCGAUGGAGAUGCGGCAUUAUAUUAGAGAUUCCACAUCCAAACUUGCUCCCAAAUGAUAUUGGGGUGAGAAUGCAGAAAAGAUUGAGCACUUUCUCUGGAUUUGUCCCAAAGCUUAAAAGGUCUGGUAUCACUUCUAGAUGACCACAGGUGAAAUGGUCCUAGAUUAUUAUUCUAUUAUUCAAGUUUUGAUGCACUAAAUUUCUGUUAUCUUAACCCUGAUUGGCAUACUCUGUACAAUGAUGGGGACCAAUUAGCAUAUAGGGAAUUGCUACAGGAUUGGAAACUAUUAUAAUGAGUAAUCACCUCAUAUGGUGUAAUUUCCAGCUAUCAAACUGAAGUGAAUGUUAUUGGAAACUAUUAUAAUGAGCAACAUAGUACUGUUUGUUGACACCUCAUAUGGUGUAAUUACUCGCUAUCAGGUAUAUUUUUACAAUAUAACAAACCAUUGUUAGGACUAUCAUGUUAUGGUGUAUAUAAGAAAAUGUAGGUCAAUAUUAUCAUGGAAACAUACCAGAGUUAACAUUUCUUUAACACCUCUAAAUAAUGAAAUCCAGGCUUAAUGAAACUGAUCAACCAAAGCAUAUAUCCUUGAUUCUUACACAAUUACUACACUUACUAAACCUGAUAGAAAAAUGAAUAGAGGGACAGUAAAACAUGGUUCAGGAAUUAAGGGGAUGUAAAAAGUACCUUACAGGUCCAUAUGUGUAAGGAAUAAAGCCAUGAAGCCAUAUGUAUCCACUAUAUUUUGAAAUCAUAAAUCAAUAUGGUCCUUGAAUCAGAAAAGCCACAAAUCAGAAACUGCUAAUCAAUUUGAAAUAACGUAGAGUUUAGUGAUUCAUUGACUUUUGCUACCUCACACUUUGAGAAAAAAUUGUUUUGGAUAAAUAAUUUGCAAUAGUCAGUUACACCUGCUUGCUUGAUCUCUGUAACACCUGCUUACUUGAUCUCAUGAACCCGAGGGGCAUCAAUUCCAAUAAUUUAGCGCGGGAACCAUCUUUGUUCGUGGUUCCGGAUGACUUUUAGGUGAAGCCUUUGUCCCUCUCAAUAAAUAUUGAUUUAAUGAGGGAAGAGAAUGUGGGUUUUAGUGACAUGGAAGAGCAAUUGGUCACUGUCGGCAUGCAAGAGGUUGUUCGUCUUCCUCCCUCCACCGCACGAGCUUCAUUUUUUCGUGAUUUCAAAUACGGGGCAACCAAAUUUGGUUUGAAACAAGCUGAAAAGGCAAGGGCUAUGAAGCACUAAACUUUAUCAUGUUGCAGUUCAAAUGCUUGAAUCAUCUGGGAGGUUUUGAUAGGUAGUAUCCAUCAUAAAAAAGGUUUAUAUCACUUCUUGAAUAAAUCAUUUUAUAAUCACUACAAACUCAAUAUUUUUUCUAUAAUACAUCACACUCAUUAAUACUUGAGUGGCGGUGGGAGUUCUUUUUCCAACUAUUAGGUGUUUAGAGCCGAACAAACAGCUGCCCAAAUUUGAGUAUUUCUCGGAUCAGGAAUAAGCAAUGGGAUGGAGAUGCUCUAAUUCACUGGGAUGGAGAUGCUUUAACAUGGGUAUCCAAGUUUCCUUUUUCAUUUUUUAUUUAUCUAUAUUAUCUAAUUAAACAAAAAUGUAUGACUUUAUGAUGCACGAUGAAGGAAUUUUUUGAAGCUGCCCAUAUUUGGUUGAUGAGGUAUGUUAUCUACUCCAUAUUAAAUCUUAGUUGUACUAUUGAAAAGGGUAAAAUAGUUGAUGCAUUGAAAGUUCUAGAAAAAGAUAGUCGAUCAUAAUAUAGUCUCUACCCUAAAAUUUAAUUUUAAACCAAAUUUAAUUAUUGAAGGCAAAGACGUUGCACACAUCGUGUGCAUAUUUUAUCUAUUUAUGAAUUUAUUUAUUUAUUUAUUUAUUUAUUUAUUUUCAUGGUUGUAUUCGGUUAAUUCGAUCGAUUGAUUUUGGAAUGAAAGAUGAAACACGUGGAAAGGAGAGUUUGAAGUUGUGGUCUUCACGGAUGGGGCUGAAUUAGAUGAACAAUCAAUGUGAAAGACACUUAGCUAUGAAAGAACAUUAGUAAGUAGUGGAGUUGGUAGGAGCAUAGACUCGGUCACGAAGAAGAUUGGGAAAUGUACUGCAACAGAUAUGGUCAAGGUGUCUUGAUAAUGAGAGGCUUACAACAUCAAGAACAAAGAGCUACUUAGCACAGAUAUGCUAUUGGAUUUUGAUUAAUGAGGAGGCGAAUCUCAAUAUCAUGUGGUGAAUCUCACAUGCUACGUAGUACGACAAAUUCCUACAUGAGGACAAUGCCUACGCGAGAACAACAUUCAUUAACAAUAAGCUCCCACAUGAGGACAAUGCCUAUGCAAGGACAAAACAAAAUUCGCACAGGUUAGCACCUCCACUAUUUUUAUCUAGAAUUGCUAAAACUAUGUUUGGUUCAAGAAACUUAAAAUGGAAAAUAAAAGAAAAUCAGGGAGAAUAUAUUUUGAAUCCAGUGUGUUUAUCAUUACGACCUGUUUAAUAUGUUUUUGGAGAUAUACUUUGAGUUUUUAUUGAUCCUCUAUCAUCAUUGGACCAAUAUUGACUAAACUAUGAAGUUAUGUUGUUUUAAAUCUUUUGGGAUUAUGUUUCUUGAAGCAAGCUUAUGUUUAUUGCAGGAGUGUAGUUUGCAUAUUGAAAUUGGAGCUAACUGUAUAAACUAAGGCAUAUGUCAAUCUAAAUUACAAGGCUUAAAUUUACUAUAUAAAUGCGGAUGCCGCUAGGGGGUUAAGAAGCUCCAACCCAUUCUUUGUUGUCUUGGUCUGAAUACUGAAGUUAGAGAGAAUCAGAAAGAGGAGAAACAAGCCUCACGCCCUACGGGUGAGGUAUGCUCUGCCUGUGCAAACUGCGCUUAUCAUGUUGCCCGCAAUAGAAAGUGCGAGCCUGUAAAGUUAAUCAGCACAGAAUUACUCAUUUUCAAUUGAUUUAUUCAUGAAUAUGGAUUAGACAUUUGGAGUGAGAAGGCUAUCCGUAGAAAUACAAUCAAAACUAGCAGCAUGACGUAUCUCUGCCAUGAUGUAUCUCUACCAUGUGCCCCGUCAUUUCAAGACCAAAUUUAGAGAGAGUGCGUUCUUUGAGGUAGCAAUUGUGUCUUAGUCGAGAGCCUAUAACUGAUUCCAGAUGUUCGUGUUCUGAAUUGACUUCAAUUUUAUUUUGUAAUUUUAGACACUCAAGCUGCUCCAAGAAAGAAACAUUAUCAUCAUAACUGGAUAUUUUAUGUGAGUUUCUUUAUUUAGUAUCACUUCAAUUUGGCAUUUGAAGUAUUAAUACAAAUUAAGUUUUGGUGAUUCUACUAUCCCAAUGAUGCUCACUAGAUCUUUCCUUCGACGCUUCCCUCGCUUUUUGAUGCUCGUUUGAUCCAAUUUUUGGAGCCCUAGAUUCGUCUAAUGCUUGGGCAACAGAUUGUGAACUCAAUUCCGGAUUUUUGGAGGCGGAUUCUGACGAUUCGAAGGUCAACGCCAUUGUCGUCACUAUUCAUCUCCGACUUUGGUGUUUUUAUUCUACUCGAUUCAAGCAUAAUUGAUCGGUUAUCUUUUGGGUUUCUAAGCGGUAUUGAUUCCUCUCUCAAGGGGCUCUUUGAGGCUGGAGGUUUGAGACUCUAGGGUCUGAAAAUGACUAAUUGGGGGCUUGUUGAGGCUGAGCUUCGAGACUGGUUUUGUGAUGUCAAAUUUUUAUGUUGAGGAUUGUUUAAGAUGUGUUUGAGUUCUGGUUUUGAGGAUGCUGCUGGGAUGUUCAAUUGAGGUUUCUAAAUUGAAGUUUACCAAAUGUAGUGAGGCUUCUAAGCCGAAAAUGAACUUGGGGGCUAAGGAAAGUUGUGAAGGAACCUGCCUAGCAAGUUGGUGAUGUCUUUUCUUGUACAAAUCCAUGAAUGCAUUAAUCAAGUUGGGAAUAAAUUCCAGAAAGAGUUUGGAUGUGGGUUCAAUUUUUGCAGUUAUGAAGAUGCAAGCAUAUGAUUUGUUCUCUCUAGAGGUGGCUGAAGAACAGAAUUGAGCCUCAUGUGUCCCCGAGCUAGUAUUAAAGAAGCAGAAGAUGGAACAUGAGUGGGCACUGGCAGAGAAAAAAGAGACGAUUGAUGUUAUCAUAAAGAAAAAUGUCGCCAAGCAGAAGAUUAUCGAGAGCUAAACAGUAUGCUCAGGAAUACGAAAACAGUCAUAUUGAGUUUUCAAUAGCAGCAAGGAAUCAUUACAUUAUACUAUGCUCAACAAGGACGUGGGCAGUACUAUGGCUACAUGCUUAUGGCUACAUGCUUUGGGAGUCAGAUUACACAAAGGCUUACACUGGAGGAGGAAAGAAUAGUCUUUCUAUUUCGUCCAACUGUUUUGGACUGUUAUCUUUGUUAUCAUGGAUUGUCUUGAUCUACUUCUCUUGUAGUUAGGAGUAUUUUUUUCUUUAGCAAUAAAACUUUUUUUCUCCAAAAAACAAGUUAGAUAGCAAUUAGUUUUUUUCUAGUUAAAAAAUAGUGGUAAUUAAU